GGUAUAAACGAUGAUGCGGGUGUGGUGGUGUUCGAUCGAUUCCAAGAGAUCGCUUCAAGGCUGAAUAAGCCUGAGCGCCUGUUUGCUGCGUGGUUCUACGCAAUGUGGAUUCUAAAAAUGGACGUGGACGGUCAAUUUCCGGAAGUGGUCGCGAAACCGUCGGUUAGUAAUCCGGCAGCAACAUACGAUGCGAGACUGCAGUCUGCAGAGCAAAUCAGGAAUUGUGUGAUUGAGGUUCGUUUGUAUUCAGUACAAUAA